CAAAAUGGGAAUUUGUGCAUCUAAAAAACAAAAAGACGACUUGGCUUUAAAGCCUAAACAUUGGCCAAGCAGUCCUGGUCGUAGACACACAGGUAAUAGUUUUAAAUAUGGAACUGAUCUUUAUAUAAAUCUAAAAAAUGGUUAGAUUGACAAUUAUUAUAUUUUGGGUGAUGUUCUUGGAGUUGGAGCAUUUGGAUAAGUUAUCAAAGCAACUCAUAAAUAGAGUGGAUAAAUCAGGGCAUUAAAAACAUUAGCCAAGAAAAAGAUUAUAAAUGAAGAAAAAGAAAAGAUGUUUGCAGAAGUUAACAUACUUCGAAAAUUAGACCAUCCAAAUAUAGUUAAACUUUUUGAACUAUUUGAAGAUGCCUAAAACUACUAUUUAAUUACUGAGUAUUUUAAAUUUCAUUAAUAUUUAGACUUAUACAAGGAGGAGAACUUAUUAAAAAAAUCCAAUCAUAAAAUACUUUCUCUGAAGCAGAAGCUGCAUUUUAUAUGAGAUAACUUUUAUCUGCAUUGCAAUAUUGUCAUAAAGCAAAGAUAGUUCACCGUGAUUUAAAGUUAGAGAACCUUAUGCUCAAUGUGGACACAGAUAAACCGAUUUUAAAAGUUAUAGAUUUUGGCACUUCUAGAAAGAUCAUUUAAGAAAAAUAUCUUACAUCUAAAUUAGGAACUGUAAUAAUAAAAUUUAAUAUUUUAAUAGCCACAUUACACUGCACCAGAAGUUUUUAAAUAGUAAUAUACAGAAAAAUGUGAUAUUUGGUCAUGUGGAGUGAUUUUAUAUACAUUAUUAUGUGGAUAUCUACCUUUUAAUGGAAAUGAUGCAAGAACUACUCAAAUAUUGAUUGAAUGUAAUAAAUGGAGUUUCGAUAAAAAUGAUUGGGCAAAUAUAUCAUCAGAAGCUAAGACAUUUGUUAAGAAGCUUAUGACUUAUAAUCCAGAUAAGCGAUUAUCAGCAGAAGAAGCAUAUUUAGAUCCUUGGCUAUAAGGACAUAUAAGUAAUACUAUUGAUUCUAGGGCUUUAACUCGUUUAUAAAAAUUUUAUGUAAUUUAAAUAAAAUCUAUUUUUAGUAAUCUCAUAUUAUAUAAGAAUUAAUUAGAUAAUUUAUAACUUAUCAAGUUCUAACACCUGAAGAUAAGGAGAAGAUUUUAGGAAACUUUUAAUCAUUAGAUAAAGAUGGAGAUGGUAGGAUUAAUAGAGAAGAUUUAAUCUUUGGUUUGAAAUAAUCUAAAUUAGAUGAAACUGAAAUUGAAAAAUAAGUAGAUAAUAUUAUGGAAUAGUGUGAUUUUAAUAAAACUGGAUCUAUUGAAUACAAUGCUUUUCUAAGUAUAAUGAUAAAGGAAGAAUUGUCAGCCAAAACUCACAAAUUAGAAGAAGCUUUUAAAUAAUUUGAUCUGGAUAAUGAUGGUUUAAUCAAAAAGUAAAAUCUCGAGGAAGUUUUAGGGGGAAUAAUAAUAGAUGAAACUCAUUGGGAAGAAGUACUAAAAAAAUGUGAUUCUGAUUAAUAAGGAAUGAUUAACAAAGAAAAUUUUGUAAAGCUUAUGUAGCAAUUAUGA